GUGUGCUGCCUAUAAAUGUCAGGAGUUCCAGCUGCUCCAGAGCAAAGCGUCGACUUGCUGCUGUCCACCAUGACUGUGACACAUUUGGCCGUCGUCCUUGUUUCCCUGCUGUCCUUCAGUGCCGCAGCACCAGCAGAAGACGAAUGCAGCCAGAUGACCAGAACUCUGACAGCUGAACAGAUUGACCAGAUCCUGGGCCGUUGGAUCUUCAUUGAGGGGACAGUUAAAAAUGACUUCUUUGGCCCUGUGCUGGACCACAUUGAAAGCAUGUGGAUGGUGCUGAACAGAACAGCAGACAACCAGACCCUGAUGUUAAACCAGGCAAACCUCCUGGCCGCACAGCAGCAGCCUGAACCAAUGAAUGGACAAUGUCUCCGAAGCGCAGUGAAUGUUACCCUGGUCAGAGGCAAAGACUUGGAGUUUCACAUCCCAGCUGCUGCAUCCUAUCACAGGUUCCUGCACACCUGCUCUGACUGCCUGCUCAUGCACACCUACAACAACGAAAACCAUUUCCAGAUGUUCUACCUGUUUGGCAGGAAUACAACGGUGGCAGCCUCUGAUUUGAACGUCUUCAGGAAACAAGCUGAAUGCCUCCGGUUUCCUCUGCCAUCAAAGUUUCAGUACGACACCAGCAAAGAACUCUGUCCAGCGUAGAGGAUGGAGCAACAGAGCAGCUGCUGCUGAUUAGUUUCCAUGCACCGUCAUUUUACUCACCUGAUGUCUUCAUCUUCUUAGCCCUCCCCUUGAUUGAAACGGGAUACUUAGUAAAUUCAUCAAACACCUUUUAGCUGGACCAUGCACUACUUAUUUGCCAAAUGUUUUU